AUGGGAGGGAUAACAAAAUCCAAUCGCUUUGCCGUUCUCGCUGGCCAGUACGGAGCUGGUCGGGGACCAUUUGCUUAUACUCAUGCCAGGGCUGAAAAUCAAGAAGUUGGCACCGGGACGCCCCCUGUGGUCUUCACGCUUCCCCGGAACCAACGGCAAGCGCAAACCCAGUUGACACAACUUCUGAGAGAAAAUGAGUGCUGUGGACUGCUUGUUGAGAUGGUGAACUCUGGGUUGGGCGAGACAUUGCAGCCCGCAUUGUGGUCAGCCAUCAUCACCGCAUGCGCAGAAGCAGGUUGUUUCCUCUGCGUUGAUGAAGCAAUGACAGCAAUACGGUGCGGUGCACCAUUUGCCCAUCAGCGCCCAGAGUAUGUUCAACACGGGCACCCAGAUCUUAUUGUUUUCGGAAAAGCGCUUGUCGCAAGCGGGGUCGCAAUGGAUUUGCAGGGAAGGACAACUUGCCUAUUAUCCGCUGAAGCCGUGAGCCAUGUUCUCUUUCUUGGAAGGAGCACAACAACCCUAUUCUGCCAGACCACGACUCUACUGCAACUACGCGCGGUCUUGCACAUUGCAGUACAGCAUGACUUUGUUGGAAACGCGACGAAAAUCAGUGAUGUGUUGAGGAGCAAGAUACUCAGCUCUGCUGGAUCCCGCAAGCGGCCAUGGAUCGGAGGAUUGGGCAGCCUCCUGUACAUGAAAUAUGCAACACAUGAAUCGGUCGACAUCAGCCGGACAAUAAUACCCGCCAGUGCCACCCCCGGCCUCGUCCGCUGGAUUCCUCCCCUUGACCUGGAUUGUAGUCCGUCCUCCUUCACAACCUCACACAGGAAAGCGCCCGGAUAA